AACAAAUUGUAGUUUUGUUUUAUAAAGAACUAUUUGAAGAAGGUGACAACGCUGCUACAUUUGGGUAAACGGAAUUUUCAAUGAAAGUCUUCGAAAUGAGCAACAAGUCAUGUGUUCGUUUCGAGAGACCACAUGUUAAUACAUUGCAACAUGAGAAAAUAUCAUACCCCAUACUUUGGCAUAUCAUGCGAAAGUCCGAUUGAGUUUGAAUUUUUAAAAACAAGAGGACCCGGCUUUAUCCCUUUAAAUCCAAUUUCUAAAUCCCUUUGGACAUGCAGUGUUGAAUCAGCAAUUGAAUAUUGUAGAAUUGUUUGGGAUCUAUUCCCACAAGGAAAAUUAGUUAGGUUUAUAGCAAGUGAUACAGUUGCUCAUAUUUUGAACACAUGGAGCCCUACACAGCAAAAUUUAAAUCAUAUUAUGAAUGGAAUGUCUUUAAUCGGAGUCCCUCCUCCACCUCCUUCUCGGUCUGUCCAACCUGGACUAGACUUUACUGUAUUACAUGGACUGAGAGCAGCAAUAGAAGCAUUAAGUGAAUGCACAGAUCUACAACAUGAAAAAAGGAAAGCAAUUGCUGCUGGAGAUGAUCAAGUUACAUUAGUAAACAGGUGCCGAGUUGUCUGUAUAACUUCUGCAAGGGACAACGACAGUAUGAAAAGAUUAGAAGAAAUUUUUCAAAAUGUACUCCAACAACAAAAUAAAGUGGCUGCAUCCUCAGAUAGAUUUCUGACCAUUGAUCAUUGUCAUUUAGUAAUUAUUAACACAUUUCCUGUAAAUAUAGAAUCCCAUGUGAGCAAUCAUGCUGUAAGACAUCUUUCUCCAAUACUUAAAACAGAAGUUCAUUCAGUCAAGGCCCCUUUUAUUUCUAAUAAGUUAUCAUCUCUGAUUUUGGACCAUUAUGAUCUGGCCAGUACAACAGUAACUGGCAUUCCAAUGAAAGAGGAACAGAAUGCUAGUUCUUCAGCUAAUUAUGAUGUUGAAAUUUAUCAUUCGAAAGACGCUCACACUGCAAUUUUAAGAGGGAAUUCCCCAGACUCUUUAGCCAUUCGAACAGUGAAGGAAGGGCUCGAAUACGAAACGGUGACACUUAAGUGGUGUACCCCUCGAGGUUCUGCUACUUCUGAAUUACAAAAUUGCACCAGUAUGCACAGGAUAACGCCAGUGGAUGUAAAUUCGAGACCUUCUUUGUGUUUAAUAAAUUUUCUUUUAAAUGGCAGAUCUGUUAUGUUGGAAAUGCCUCGAAAAGCAGGAGGAAAAAUUAGCAGUCAUCUGCUGGCCUCUCAUGGAGGGGAGAUUUUCAUUCAUACUUUGUGCACAGCUAGAUCUGUCCUAGAAGAUCCACCGUCUAUAUCUGAAGGUGUUGGAGGACGAGUAACGGAUUACCGAAUCACCGAUUUCGGCUUAUUAAUACAGCAGAACCGAUUAUUUCCAUUAAGACCAAGUUAUAAUACUGAAAAAGUCAAUUCGAUAUCAAAAAUGAAAGCAAGACUUAGCAGGCACACCAAAUAUUGGCCGCUCACCAUCAGCUCUACUUUAAUAUUUAAUCUAAAAAAUUGUAUUGAUCCAUUACCUUCAAUUAUAACGAAAGAACGAAUAACUGAAGAAGAGGUUGUUCAGUGCAAACAAGUGAUUUAUAAUUUGAUUUCAUUGGAAGCCAAGCACGAAUCUCUUCACUUACCGAAUACAGGCCAAAGAUCUAAGGGACAAAAGAGGGAGGAACAGUAUAAAAUAAUGUGGAAUGAGCUCGAGACACUUUUAAAAAAUAACUGUCACACAGAAAACCACCGAGCAGUUUAUAAUUGUCUCAUUGAAUGUCAUAAAUUCAAUUCAGAAGAUGGUACCAUUGAUGUAGAUCAAGCUCUGAGUUUCGUUGAUCCUUUAGGAAAAUCUGACUCAGAUGUUCAACGUGCUUCAGUUAUUCGUGCAACAACAGAUUCGCCCAUGUCUCCACCCCCUCUAGCGAGUAUAGCACCCCCUCUAUCGAGAAAUAUUCUCAGUAAUCGGUCUGGCAGCAUUUAUUCUUCGACUCCUCGCACCUUGUACGACAUUUUCACGAGCCAGGACAAAAGUAAACAGAGGCCAGACUUCGCAGGUAGGUCUGAUGAAAAUAAAAUUGCAAAAUUAUACCCUAAUCUUAAAAUCGAAAAUGAAUGGGGGCCUCGAGGCGAAGGAAUGGAAGUGGAGUAAAUGUGACUUAAAUUAUUUAUAGGAGGGAAUUGUUUAGUACAACAUUUUAUUAUUACGGAAAUAUUAAUAUAAAAUUAAUUUGUAAAUGGGAAAUGUAUAUACGUUGACUUUUUGUAAUUAAUAAAUUAAUUUUUAUGCUCAA